UUUUUUUAUUGCAAAUUGAAUAAAACACAUAGCUCAGAUAUAGAAACUUAAUUUUAUUUCAACUGUAUGUAUUUUACGUAGCUUUUGGUUAUUCUUGUUAUAGUUUCUUUAGUGAAACCCGAUGUGCGAUGUGUAGCUUGUCUAAAUGUCUUAAAGCAAUUGUGACAAAUGAUUUUUAUAUUCCUGGUUUAGAUGUGAAAUAUUAAAAGAAGAUAAUGAAAGGACAUAGAAUCGCGGGUCUUUGUAUCUGUCUUAUCGCCCACACAUCAGAAAUGAUGCAGGAAGCAAGGCACCCAGAGUGGCGGGAAAAAAAGAACACGUGAUGCUAACAGUCAUGGAGACGCCUGAGAAGACAUCACCCAAUGAAUAUGAAGAAAUUAGGCGAAAAAACUUGGAAGACAAUAAAAUUAUGCUAGCCAAAUUGAUGGCAGACAUGAAGAAUGUGUUGCCAGGAAAACCACCAGUUCCGCAGGUCAAGGGAACAUCAGGACUUGCUACUCCUGUAAAGAAUGGACCUAUACGACGUAAUCCUUCUCGUCAUGCCCGCUACCAUCCUUCAAGAAUGGAACCUCCUCGCACAAGAGCUCGCAGUAAUUCUGUAUCCUCAUCAGUCUCCACUUCAUCUAGCUGCACACCAGAAUCCACCCCAGAGAAACUAGUGAUACGCUUUGGGUUUUUUAGAAAGACAACAAAUACAGAGGUGGAUUCUGAUGCAGGAGCAGAUGAUGAUCGUAAUCUAGAUUUACCAUCCCCAUCCCGUAAACCUCGUGUUUAUCGAGAUGAACGUUCUGCUGCUGAAAUCACAGAUGAGGAUCUUGAACUUGUUGCAACUUGUGUGGCAGAUAAAAAAUAUGACAGUAUUUAUGGUACAACAUGCCACCAAUGUCGUCAGAAGACUCAGGAUAUGAAGACAAUAUGCAGAUCUCCUGAGUGUGGUGGAGUCAGGGGACAGUUCUGUGGGCCAUGCCUAAGAAAUCGUUAUGGAGAAGAUGCUAAGCUGACUCUAAAGGAUCCAAACUGGCAGUGUCCAUCAUGUCGCGGCAUCUGCAAUUGCAGUUUCUGUCGACGACGUAAAGGCAAGUCAUGUACUGGUAUACUUAUUCACCUGGCUCGAGAGCAAGGCUACAGUGAUGUACAUUCCUAUCUUAAAGGACUAUCCAAGUGACCAGACAUAUUAAUCAAUCCAGAGAUAGUCUUACACUGGAUCUGAAUAAGAUGCAAUAAUUCUAAUCACAACACUGCCAUUGCCAUUAAAGGUCAUAUUUCAGUGCAAACUAAGUGUCCUAAUAAAUGUCCUAAAGUUCUGUCUGCAUUAAUAUGACAGUUUUAGGACUGAUGUUUCUCAAUGACUGUAUCUGCAUACCUACCUAUAGGGCAUCCUUUUAUAUUGUUUGGGAAAACUUGAAUGCUUGUGACCCUGCAGAGAGACUAACUUUACUACUUCAUACAUUUGGUGCUGCUGAAAUGUUUUUCCACCAUUUUUAUGAUACUUAGGUGAAUGUUACAUCCGCUUUUGAAAUAGUUUUAUUAUCAGUAUUGAUUUUCCUGCCUGUGGCCCAUUGUUAAUAAUACCUUUUUAACAUCAAUGGCUGAAUGUUAUAUGGUAUUCUUUCAGGUAUGCAUGUGCAUGUGUGCAUGUUCAUGGCAUUUAUACUUUCCAGAAAUGUUUUAAUUGACUUAGAUCUGAGUAACAGGGACAUUACCGACAUGUUUAGUCAAGUAAGAAAGUGUUCAUUUGUAAUCUUUGAAUUGUUCUUUAUAUUUUUAGUUAGAUUUAUUCAGAAGCUCAGAAGUUUAGUCCUAAAGAAAAUAAAGCAUAUUUUUGUAAAUUAAAUUUUGGGACAUUUGAUUUUCAGAAGUGGUUUUUUUUUUUUUUUUUUUUUUUUGCAGAGCUUAUUUUGGUGCUUUCUUGCUUUCUGUGGCUCAAAAUGAAAGAGCUUUUAUCAAUUAACUGAAGUUGACACUUGUUUAAUUUACUUUUAGUAACAAUAAAUGACUAUUUAUUCAGAAAUUAAUCAUAAGCUGAUUUCAUCAUUAUUUAGGUUCUGAAUUAUAUCACCUACUUAUUUUCUGAAGUAUUUAGAUUGUGAUAAAUGUGUACUAAAAUUCUCUUAGUGUCUGCGGUAGUGAUUCAUAAAGAGGUAGAGAAUAAUUAACAUCGCAAGGUGUCUCAUGUUUUGAAAAACAUCGGUCAUUAUCAGCUGUUUUAUUUCUUUAUUAUAUAUAAAGUGCAUCAUAUCUACUACUUCUUACUGUAUCCCACACAAGUCAAUGUGCCCUUAAGAUACAAGAUUUUUCCCCUAGAAAGCAAUUAUUGGCAGUUCUAUAAGGAAGCAAUGAUUAAAACCGCACGGCACAACAGAGAAUAUCUUCUCUCAUACCCCUCGCUCCAGAAACAGCCAGCCCCCCCACUUUCAAAUCACAAUUCAGAUCCACAUAUCAAAUUUCAGUACUAGCUUUUCUAAAGUCACACUGCCUAAACAAGCCCCUGUCCAUUGCACUUUUGUAAAUGCCUUCCUGUUAUCCUAAGCCGUCCCAACAACAAGUAAAUACAACAUGAUUCAGAUAGUUCUUGUUCUUGACUGGUAAAUUGUGAUAAAUGAGGACAACACACUCGGUAUCAGAUUUGUAUAAGGGCUGGCGUAAUCUUUUGGAAACAAAGACAAGCUUCCAAAGAAGGAAGAGGUGCUGUUGAAUGUUUUAUGUGGUCUGUUGUGAUGGCACCCGAUUUCCAUUCUGAGUGCAACAGCUUAUUGAAGGUUAGAUAUUGCACAGGAGGGGGAAUUCCUGCCCACCCAUGUCCUAUUUCUGCAAGGUACACAGGGCAACGACAAAUCGCGACCGUCAUCCGGGUGCAACCGAGCGAAAAGGCUGUGUGUAUACAUGUAACCUUCCCCUUUUCUCUAAGUUUUUUUUUUUUAAAGUUGGCGUCGCGUUUCCCACGCUCUCUACGUGCCAUUGCCUCUCAGUGACACCACACUUA